GAGCUGAGUACUCGAGGCGCAGUUGCGCACUUGAAAUCGCACAUCUGCGAACCUCAAGAAAAUACUAUUGCCUACCCUGACUCAAACAUUGUCCUGAUUUUAACCAUGCAUACCUUCCCCAUAAUGACAUUGUUAUGCUUUGUCUUCAAUCACUACUAUUCUUUUCCUAAGCCCAAACAUAAAAUUAUAAAAUAUCAUUAGUCGUCACUAUGGGGAUUUCGAAUGACUUUGGUAGUCUUGUGGUGGGAAUGGGUACUGGGUUUGAGAAGGAAUCAACCCGGGCACCACAACACGAUGAGCUUGAAGAACUCAUUAGGGAUAUCAUUUGCUACGCGCCAUGGGACGAGGAUAACCUAUAUGACCGUUUGAUGGACCGCGCAGUCUAUCGCGAGGGCUACGACCAAUGUACCAUGCGGAAUUACGCUAGUUAUCUCUCCAAGUUGAUGCAAACUGCCUAUGGAUUACCUAGAGAUAAUUCCGUCAGCCGUUUGCGUUCGAACCGUUCGGUUCAAUACGAAAUCCCGAAACAUACACAUUCGUGUCCAAGCUUAACGGACGGGUCAACUCUAUCCGAGCCCUCUCAGGCCCCACGGCGUGUUCCCGCUCCUAUACGUAUGAGACCAGCAAUGGGAGCUAUGAAAGCUACCGUUAACCACCAAGCGACACUCCCUAAUACGAACGCCCAAUAUCCACUGGAUGAUAAAAAUGCACAGAACGGCGCUGUUGACUAUACCAGUGGAGGUGAUGAGGAUUCAAUGGGAAUUGACGAUGCACAGGGCCUUGAAGGCAAUAGUUCGGCUCAGCCCCACGAGGAGAAUGAUUUCAGCCCCCCAAAUACUGGAACCCCUAUGAGUACAUCUUCUGAGGACGAAGACGAAUAUGAGGAAGAGGAGGGAGAAGAAGAAGAUGAUGGCGAUGAUGAGUCCGAGGAAGACCCGAUUGAAAGUUUGCAUGACGCCAUCAGACAGGUGUUCUUGCUCAAUACAGGAGUAGCCGAAAGAGUGAUCGACCAUUUGAAUAACCUCCCACCUGAUCGCAGAGCGGAAGUGUACGGCUAUGAGGCCGUUUCGUCACACUCUCCCGGUAGACCACGAAGUGGAGGUAAUUCAACAUCGUUUUCCGAUAAACCUAAAGCUAGGAAACGGAAGCGUAUCGGGACCUCUCCCAGCGGUUCGGCCCAAGAUCAUGUACACGAGAGUGAUGACGAAGAGAACCACGUUCGCGUCAGCCGUCGCUCGUCUAAAAACCAACCCGGCAUAAGAAAAUUUGCUUGUGGCUUCCAUCUCCUUGAUGCAAGCAAAUAUUGUACUGGAAGCACCCUAGGUAUAACCCCGACACAGUAUAGAACUUGUGCUGGUCCCGGGUUUGAAACGAUCAACCAUUAUAAGCGACACUUAGGGCGCAAACACGUUCUACACCAGUGCUCCCGAUGUGGAAGUAUCUUCAAGAAACCAGGGGACCUCCAAGUCCACUUAGCCCAAGAUCAAAGGUGCGACGUAACCCCAUUUGAACCAAGAAACGAUAUGUCGCAGAAUAAGUGGGAAGAUGUGCAGGAAGCCUUUGAGAAUCCAAAUGGCGUUUAUGAUGAUAAGGAGCGAUGGUUUCGUGUUUGGGACAAAUUGUUCCCCGGUGUACCAAGACCUCCCGAGCCUUAGGCGUCUAGACUAUGGGGUUCCUCACCGCGUUGCGCUCACUAGGUUUUGUGAGAUCU